CAGUUUUGAAGCGCGCGUCGCGUCAAUAAGUCGUGAUUUGUGCUGAUAGCGCUGCAGAUCGGCCCGUUACGCUCAGCUGGCUCAACGAUCUUGAAGAAGUUUGCCUAUGUCUUAGUUAGAUUUGCGCUUGUUUGUGUUUUUGAUUGUGUUGAAGUCUUUGGUUCUCUGUGCAAUGUCCUACUAAAAGAAUAAUUACAAUACUUAAUAAAAAAAAUAUUGGCUCCAAAUUCAAUUGAAGGAUUAAUCAAUCAAGCAAUACUUGAUCGGAUGCACUGAAAUUAAAGAAGGGAUCAACAAAUUCCUCUUUGAAAUAUUCUAGGUGUCAAACUAUGAAAGAUAUGCUUAACUUGAUGGUUUAAGCGCAAAAUAGCUCACAGCUUCGACGCGGCUACACAAAUAUUAGAAACGGGUAGAACUAUGACAUUUCCACAAAUUGCAACUCUGGAAUAAUAAUUUGCGUUGCAUGUCUCGGUACAACUAAAAAAAUUGUGAAACGGCAAACAACAGAAUCUCCACAGAUCAAACAACAAUAAAAAUUGCUAAACAGAAAAUAACAAAGUGCAUUUGAAGGCCAACAAAAUGACAAAACUUCAGGUGAUAGUACUGCAUCCAGUAAAAAAGGAAUUUAAACGUAAGCACUGCGGCUUCGAUCAUGAUACGCCCGAUGAUUUUGUCAAAUCGCAGUGGCAAACCUGUACAAAGAGUAUGGUAUAUUUGCUCUAUCGCUGGUUCAUGGCUCUCUUCUUUAUCGCUGUUGUCAUUAAGUCGAUGUGGCCGCGAUCCGAUGAUGAGUCCAGCUAUUGGCUCUACUUCAUCUAUAUGACCAAUUGGGGAAUUUGGAUGUGCAUGCUAACCAAUUUACUGGGCGCCGUACUCGUCACCAUUUGGCACCAUCAUCCCGAGUAUGCGGAUAAGCUGCUCAACAUGAAGGCUUGGGUAAGCCCUUUUCGAAUUUAUUGGAGCAUGCACAUUAUAACUCUAGUCUUAUCGAUUGUGAUUACGAUCAUUUACUGGACCGUACUCUAUGAUGCGAAUGAAAGUAAUUUGGAUGCCACGAAUGUGCUCACCCAUGCAUUCAACUCGAUUUGCAUGUUCAUUGAUCUGUGGAUUGUGGCACAUCCGUUGCGUUUGCUACACGUGUUUCUGCCCGUCACAUUUGGCAUUAUCUAUGCCAUAUUUUCCUACAUAUAUCAUUUAUGCGGCGGCAUCAACAAAAAGGGAAAGCCCUACAUAUACCACGUGAUUGACUGGAAUCAACCGAGCUCAGCUCUUCUGACUGUUCUAUGCGUCUUGUUGCUCUCUUGCUGCAUCUACGCCCUGCUCUUCGUAUUCUUCAAGCUGCGUCUCUAUCUCUCGCGCAGCUGUCGUCAGGGCAGCUUUGUCUUACCCACCACAAGCAAACAGGCUGGCAAUGCCAGCGAGAAUCAGGCCACAGCCAAUGGCAUACAGCAUUCACCCUCUCGCAUCUCCAUGGUGCUGGGCAACUAUGCGGGCUACGAGAAUCAAGCAUACACUCCCAGUGCGGGCGAGGCAAAGAAAACAAAGAGUUAGACUAUGUUCAGAAUCCAGAUGUUCAAAGUAUUGUCAGACUAUAUAGGUUGCCAGAAGACGUGGUCACAGUUCCUAAGAGACAUGUAUAUAAAUCAGAUAGAUGUCUAUCCGAUUUAUAUCUGGCAAUCUAAUCUAAACUCUUUGUUCUUACGACUUUAGUCAAACUGUACAGUAGAAUUUUAACCCAGUGAUAUACUAAAUAAUUGUAGCUAAUUUUAUGUAAAUAAUUUUUAAUAUGAAUAAAUAUAUAGUACUGAUAAAAAA